GACAGGAUCGAUAAAACGAUCAGUCAUCGGUUAGAACGAUCAAAUGGUAUAUAUUAUGAAAAAUGCAUAAGUUUUAGCAUGAAUACGUUAUGUUCUUUCGAGUCAGAUGGUUAUUCGCUAGUUCGCAUAACAGCGAGACCCGAAUUCAUGGAAGAUGUUACCGUGACACGCGAUGUUCGGGUACGAACCAAAUCGCUGACAACACAAAACGAUAACUUUUUUCUUCAGUUCUCUUCCAUUCGAAGAACUUUGAGCAUCUGUUACUUUUCCUUUUCACCAAACUCAAAUUGCGCGUUCCACUUCUUUGUAUUUGAAAUCUAAUUCAAUGUCUGUAAGAAUUCCUUCUGAGGAAUCGAAAAAUGAAUCAGAUUUCAAAGUCGUUAAUACAAAAGAAACAAUCAGUAAUAUUAAAUCUAGUAAAAGUAACAUAUUCGACGUUUAUACAACUAUUUUUCGACUUAUUAUUGUACACUGGAUACCACGUGUUUGUCUUUUGGAAGAGGAAAAAAGGGAGAAGGAACUGGACGACUUAAUUUUACCUAGCAACACCCAAUGGCGCCAUCAAGUUUAUUACAAACUGGUUGAAUUACAACGAGAAAGAGACGUUGAAAUAAUUGAAUUGGAUUCUACAUCCUCGAUAAUGGUGGAAACAAGAAGAAAGGAUGAAAAGGGAACGAAAUUAAAGGACCCCCAAGAUUACGAAUGGAGUCCAGGAAAAUUGGAACGAAUCGUUAAAGCUAAAAUAUUGAAGGAGGAUGAUUCGAGUAGUUUGUUAGCAACAUUUAGUUCCAAUGGUUCUAUGACAGAAACUUACAUCGAACCAGGAUGGCGUAUCGAAGAUAUUUUGUUAGCAGCUAAAGUACUUGAAAAUAAGGAAGAAAGUCAGCCUUUUUAUUCCAACGAAGCUGAGAUGAGACGCGUAUUUGGACUUGUAUACGAUGUUUUACGAUAUAAAAAUGUUCUGAAUUACGUUCUGCAAGAUAUUGGAUUCUGGUCGCGUAAUCAUGAAUUAAAAAAUCGUGAAAGGAUCGUCUGGUUAUUGCUGUACGAUAUGCAAGGAAGAAAGUUUUCCAGACGCGGUGAUAUCGUUACUAUCAAGACACGAGACCGAAUUUUUAAAGCAAUUGGUUUGAAAAACAUCGAGAAUGCUUUAUUAGAAGUUAGGACACAUUUAGCAGCCAGUAUGUCUCGUUUGCGAAUAGCUGAAUCAGCACUUACACUUGAUAAGCUAUUGCCGAAACAUCUGCGCAGUGGCGAAGGUAUUGUUUGGUCUGAAGAAAGUGCUAUUGCUUCUGGUUGGAUCAACACAUCUAACGGUAGCAUAAGUAAAAAAGAAUUGAUCAAAGAAUUAUCAAAUAAAGUUCAAUUAGAACUAUGUGAAAAUUGUGAAGUUGCUGAAUUGGAUGAGAAUAUUUAUGUUUUCGAUUCGUUUUGUCCAAAAGUAAUUAACAUACACGAGAAAGCACGCGAGAGGGUUGCUUGUUCCAGUCUCGUUCGUGAACAUCGAUUUAUAUUUUUGGAACGAUCGUUAUGUCUUGGAGCAGCUGCCAUAGCUGAAGCUAUGCGAAUAGGUCGAUUAUGUGGUCCCGUAGUUUUAACUCAUUCUAUAGCACCACGUCAUACGGGAUAUUUAGCGGAACUUUUAUCAAGUAUAGAAGGUGCUGGUAGACUUUUAGCCUUUGGCACAGGUGAUCGUCGUUACGAAUACGAAGAUUAUUUAAAAAAGCUUGGAAUUACUUUACAACAAUGUCGAGUAUUUUCGGAAAAAUAUAUUUCUCCACCCCCAUCGGUUGAAAUAGAUAGAGCUACUGUUGUUUUAGCUACACCACCAUCCAGUUACAUCGGAGUCAAGGAUAUUGUUGAUCUCGUUGUUGCUCGUGGUGGUGAUACCAAAUUAUUAGAAUCAUUAACUAAUACCGACGAUGAACUUUCCAAAACUCAUGCCGUUUUAACCGAACAAUUGACUACUUUGAAGUACGCUUUAACAAGACCAAACGUGCAAUUUUUAAUUUACGAAGUACAUACUGUUUUACCGGCUGAAACAACUAAAAUGGUACAGCAAGUUGUAGAUUAUGCUAAUCAAUUAGCUACGGAAAAAUAUAUUCAUGAAUGUUUGCCGAAGAAAAAAAUUGUAUUGAAAGAAAAACAAGGACAGAAUAAUAUAACUAAAAUGUCAACUAAGCAAUUCUUACGAGGUAAAAAUCAUUCGAAGGAUGAAGAACAAUUUAAGGAAACUUCUAUUACUGACUCCUGUCACGCAGACAAAGUAAAUCAACACGAAGAGGACGAGAUACUAUCUUCUAAGACAUAUUGUAAUAUCAAUGUACCGAAAAGUGAUUUAUUCGAAGUUCGAAGUUUCGACGAAAUUUAUGGUAGGAAUAGUACUAAGAUCUUAGAACCAGGAUGUUUUAUGGCUGUAAUCAAGCGAAAAGAAAUGAUGCAGUUCGAUUCUUUGUUUAUGAUCAAAGUAGCAGAAUCUAAGGGCCUUUUUGGUGACACGAAUAAGGAACAAAGUACGUCGAAACCGAUCGUAACGGCAACCCAACCGAUAAUUGUACCUGCUCAGCGUGUUAAACGUAAGAUCGACAUCUAUCGAUUAAUGAUGCCAACGCAUUCUUCGAUUCAACGACACGCAAGAAAAUCGUGUUCUCGAUUCAUACGACAUUUCAUGCAUUGUGAAAAUUAUUCUUCGUUACGAGCACGAAACAUUAAAAAAAAGGACAUUCGUCGAUGGUGGAAAGAAGCUAUAGAGUAUUUCCUUCGUUCGGAACAUGCGCAGAUAUCUUCGGAAUUUCGCGCCAUGCGAACCGAUCCGUUCACACGUAGAUUUCUUUAUCCUUCGCGUAAAAGAAAGCUUGUUUUAUCUAGAUCAAAGAAUGAUCGUGAUUUAAUGACAACGUCCGGUACGACUUGCGAUAUCCUUGCAAAACCUUUGGAUUCCUUUCUUCGAUCAUUUCAAAAGUUUCAAUCGAUUGCUGAGAUUUCAAAAAGUUUAAACGAUAAUAAAGGACAGGUGGAAAAUUUGAAAGAUAAACGAAUAUCCUCAACUUUUACUUACAUUAAGGAUAAAGCAAUACCUCGCAUAUAUCAAAAGGUCUCUAGUAAAGUGUUUUUAUCAAACAACGUCAAAAGCAAUACUUUACGACAGAGAUCAAUAAAACAAGGAAGAUCCGAUAUAUUCGAUAUUUUACAAGUAUCAGAAAAAAACGUUAUGGAUGAAUUGAAUUCUUCUAAUAACCAACAUGAUGCUGUUUUAUCAAAAAAGCAAGAAAUUAGAGACAAGGAAUCACAAAGAUUUUUAUCGAGCACUGCAUUAAGAAAAUCUGCAUUGAUUAGGGCAACCCAACGUACGUCUUUUGAUAAUGUUUUUAUAGAACACGAUAAACGGUAUCAACAAACUUAUACAAAUCUUGAAAGAAGUUUUAAACGUUAUCAUCAUUCGAAUUCUAUUAGAAAUCUAUGGCAAAUUCCAUUAAAAAGUCCUUUAGAAACUGUCCUUGAAGACAUAACCGAAAUUCCUUAUUUUUCUCACGAUAAUACGAUGUCACAACAUAAUUAA